CAAAUUAACACCCCAACACAAAAUGUCAACAGGCCACUCAACAACCACACCCGCCACACACCACGAACCUUACCCCGACCCCAUCGCCCUCACCUCCACACCCUCAAACCCAAACAAAGUAAACUACACACCUAAUCCCUCCUCCUCUAUCCCUAUCUCUCCUUCCCGUAAAAAAUCGUUGAUAGUAUUACAUCGCUUUAUAGCGGUAGUUGUGUAGAAGGAGGAACAGGAGAACAGGAUAUGCGUGUUUAUGCUGGGAAGGCGAUUUAUGAUGAUCCGUGGAGUUAUUGUGAUGAUAGGUUUAAGAUUGCGGGUCAGUGGUAUGGUGAGUUUGGUCUAUUGGGUGUUGUCUGAGAGAUAAAGAAGGAGGAGAGUGGAUAGAUGGGGUGUGGGGUCAGAAAGCUUAAGGGGAACGGAUGGAGGAGAGAAGGAAGAAGGGAAAGGGGCUAAUUUGUGGAAUUGAUAGGAAUUCCUAUGGUAAUGGCCUCGACCAACACACUCGCUACAGAGAUAGUUAAAUCCUCAGAUGAUGAAAUCGUUUUCAAGUUACGACAGGAAUAUAAGCCGAAACUUUCACCUAAAGCUAAGAUUAUUGAUAAUAUGUAUAUCCUUCUCCCUCAAGCUCCCUAGUUCAAGGAUGUAUAAAAACAUAACUUACACGAAAUAGGUCUUGUAAGUUUAAAGCCCAUCAAGGAAGGAGAUAAAGAAAAAGUUAUCUAUCAUAAAGAUAUGUGGAAUGAGAAGGAUUAUAGUCAUGAGGGGCUGGGGAAAGUUUUUAAAACGCUGAAUGGAGAUUAUUUGACGGGGAUUAAUAGGCCGCCAAAGAGUUUGUGG